AACAGGCUGUUACGAGAGUGCGCAUGCGCGUGCGGCGUGGCGCUUAGUUCGUAAUUUCCAAGAUGGCGGCACAUCUCAGACCGUACGAAGUUUUCUGGACGAAAGACGUCACUGAUGAAGAGAACUCCCUUGUCCAUGUGCCAGGUGUAACUGAUAUCGGCAACAAGAGACCACAGAAGAGGGUGCCGGGAAGGAGAUCACGUGAUCUUGAUCCCAGGAUGCCCAGCCCAACGGCACACAGCACGCCAGAGAGGGACGACAACAGCACAAAGCAUUCUGGGAUAGAAGCAGAGGACAGUGGGAAGGAGGUGGAGGAUUCCAUCAUCAAACAUCAAAAAGAGAAGAUUAUCAAGAAUGGCAGUGCUGAGAGUAAGAAGCCAGCCUUGAAGGACCUGAGAAUAGAAGACAAGAAGAGGGUGGCUAAUCUCAUCAAGGAACUGGCAAAGUAUGGACAAGAUUUUCUGUCUUGUUUUGAUGUUCAUGUAGACAGCCUCCUUCAUCCCCCAUACAAAGCAGAUUCUGUUCAGUUUCUAGUCCUUUGA